UUGACUUCUGGGCCGAUGGAGGAAGCGACCAAUUCCUGAAAGGCCGAUGCAUUAACAUCGGCCACGACAUCCAUGCCUUUGGCUCUAGGGCAGCAUAAGCGCCUGGUACAUACUGAGUGCUACGUCCUGCAAGUGGGCAAUCCACGGUUCAUGCAGGUUGUCGGAUGAGACGGGGUAUUCAGGUGAUCUUAAACCUUAGACCUAGUGACGGAGUGAGUUGCAGACGAGGUAACUCGGAUAUCAAUUGGUGGGAGUUUACAUUCAUUCACUCGUUGAAUUUUUAUUUAGAGUGGUGGGCUUGUGGGCGUCGAAUAAUCAGUGAGCAUAUAUCUCCAGCACCAAAUGAAAUACUAUUUGUGCUAGCGAACUUUGAUGUUUUCCUCUUCAGCGCAGUAUGCAGCUUCGCCUUCUUACAUUCUCCUGUCCUUGCGCUGGUAUCCUCUUUUGUGCCGAGUCCGUGGACAGGACCAAGAAUAUGCGGAAUUCAGACGACAUGGUCCUGAAAUUCACAUUUAGGAUAAACUGAGGCGCGUCCCGUAGGUGAGGAAGUACUGCGUAUAGAUGUUUUGUAUUUGACUUAUGAUGUAAC